AUAUUUUGCCAUUUUACCAAAGAGUUUCGAUAUAAAAUUUACAUCGCGAUUACGAAAUACAAAAUAAUUCAAGUGCAUUUGCAGGGCGUUUUCGGCAUCGCGCCAGCGUCACGUGAAUCACAUGAUCUCGUCACUUCGCGCGAGAAGGCGACCUGCUUGUUUGCUAACGUUGUAGCGCCUUUUUGCAGCACGUUAGCACGUCGCCUCUUUUGUUUUGCCCCCUUCUCGCGUUCGGACUGCGAUGGAGGCCCUCGCAGCCGCAGAGGAGGCCGAGGAGAGGCCGCAUCACUGGCCGUUCCUCAUCGGCGUCAGCGGGGGGACUGCCAGUGGGAAGUCGACAGUGUGCGCUAAGAUCAUGGAGCUGCUGGGCCAGAACAAGGUGGACCACCACCAGAGGAAGGUGGCCAUCAUCAGCCAAGACUGUUUCUACCGCGUGCUCACCGCUGAGCAAAAGGCCAAAGCUCUCAAGGGCCAGUACAACUUUGAUCAUCCAGAAGCCUUCGACAAUGAGCUGAUGUACAAAACGCUGAAGGACAUCGUGGAGGGCAGAGUGGUUCAAGUCCCCACGUAUGACUUUGUCACCCAUUCCAGGCUGGACGAGAGGAUCACAGUUUACCCAGCCGACGUUGUCCUCUUGGAGGGCAUCUUGGUCUUUUACCCGCAGAAAGUGCGAGACAUGUUCCACAUGAAACUCUUUGUGGACACCGAUUCCGACGUGCGGCUGUCUCGCAGAGUGCUACGGGACAUGGCCCGAGGCCGGGACCUGGAGCAGAUCCUGUCGCAGUACACCACCUUUGUCAAACCUGCCUUUGAGGAGUUCUGUUUGCCGACCAAGAAGUACGUGGACGUCAUCAUUCCCAGGGGAGUUGACAACAUGGUGGCCAUCAACCUGAUUGUGCAGCACAUCCAGGACAUCCUCAACGGCGACAUCUGCAAGUGGCAGCGGGGGCCCAUCAACGGGCAGGUCCGCAAUUUGAAGCGGGCCAUGGCGGGCGAAUGCCACCUGCAGAACGCUGCCAGUGCCAACCCAGCCGGAAAGCGGGCCCUGUUGGAGCCCAGCACUCGGCCCCACUAGCGUCCAGAAUGGCCAGCAUCGUUCGGAAGCUUCCGCCACUAUUCCCAGAGACGUUUAUUUGAUUUUGGAAUUUGCUGUUACACACAUGAGGUUGCAAGGGCUGGGAAGUAUCUGGCAACUCUUGUUUGAGAAAUUUGGAAAAUGCUCCAAAUUGGAAGACUUUCAAUGAGAAUUUGGGGGGCAACUCAAUCAAAUGGUCAAGCCCAUUCAAGUGUAAAUAUAAACAUUUAGUUUUGUCAUAAGCAGACAUCCGCAGCAAAUAGCUACCUCUCGUUGCCCACAAGCCACGGCUUGGGGUACAGCGGUGCCUGUCUCAUAUUAUCUUUCCUCAUUGAAAUGAAUGCAAACGGCAUUAAUUAGUUUUGCGUAAUGUGAUUUUUUUUUUUAAUGAGAAAAAUAUUACUCUGUUGUACUGAACUUCUAUUAAUACUAUCAAAACAUAUAUUAGUGACAAUUGAAUCGAUGAAAUUUUUUUUUAACUGUUUGCCACAUUGUUUUGGCUCCAUUUCAGUGGACUUGCUAUACCUUCUGGUGUGUGCGCCUUGGCCAAAUGGGGGCAGUAUAAUACAGACAUAAAGAUGAGUGACUUAAUCAAGGUACCUUUGUAGUUGGAUGAAAUGUGACUGUUUUAGUUUAGAUGGCGAAAAUUAUUAAGAGGUUCCCAUUCUGCUUUAUUCCCAUAAAUUCCUAUGGAAAGUUUCCAACUUUUCCAAAUUUUGCAAGCAUACACACAUGGUCCUGUUGUGUCAAUUUAUCGACAUUACAAGCAUAAGCUGAUGGGGGGG